GACAAUUACUCAGCCUUGGGAUGAAUGAGGUCUGUGGAUGAGUGUUUUUUCUGUGUUUGUAUGAGAGUAGACGGGAAGAGCAAGUGGAGGGGACAGAGAGGAGGAGCAGAGGGACGUGGGCAAGCGAUUCUCCAGAUGAGAUCUAAUAUGUGAGACGAUGCAUCCUAAAGAGACGUUUUCUCAUGGGCCCACCCCAUGAAUACAAAUUCACCCCAUCACCCGCUCUGUGCUGGAAGGACGGAUGCACCUUGCUUCAACCCGUAGUGGAGAAGUACAGCUUCUUUUUUUUUUUUCUUUUACUUCCAUCCAAUCACAAAACGCAACUGAGGUGACUUCAUGGAAGCUGUUAUGAGUCAUCCAUUCAUACUUUUGUCUUGUAACUGCAUCUGUUUGCUCUUAUGGGGCCCCGUAUUUAUAAUGACGGAGAGAGAGUCUGCAAAGCAUGUUGGCCGAAACGUAAAAUGGUGCCAACGAAAAGCAGCAGGAGCGGGAGCGAGAGCCGAGGGAUCGUAACACUGGAGCUCAAGGAUAAACCAUGGACUCUGCAUACAUCUCACCACACCUGGACGCCCACCAUGUUCCCUGCUAACCUCCUGCUCCUCAUGGUCCUGCUGCUACCUCAAGCCUCGUCUGGUCGCCAGGGUGGAGACACCAGCAAGAUCGACCAUGGCAGGGUGUCGCCCACGCCUUCCUCCUUGUCGCCCCCACUAGCCGGUUCCCUCCUAAAGCCCAGUCUGGCUCAGACCAUCCAGAGUCUCCUCCUGAGCCGGCUGGGCCUGGAGUCGCAGCCAGACCCUCGACCUGGAGUGCCGGUGCCUCGGUACCUCCUGGAUCUUUACCGCUUCCACCAGCAGCAGUACCAUCUAGUGGAGGACCCCUCAUUUAGCUUCCCCAGCCAGCACAUCCAGCAGGCUAACACCGUACGCAGCUUUCACCACAAUGAGCCCCUUGGAGACAGUCCCAUAACAGAGGAUCAUAAGAGGGUGCACAUCGCCUUCAAUAUUUCCUCCAUCCCUGAGGAUGAGAGGGUGCUCUCCGCUGAGCUUCGGCUCCUCCGUAGUGACAGAGCCUCCUUGGGUCCUGGAGCUCACAGACUAAACAUAUACCUCUCUGAGGACCCUGAGCCCACCCUUCUGGAGACAAGGUUACUCACCACUGGCCUCCACAGCCAGAAAGAAAGUGCUUUGUGGGAGGCUUUUAACUUAAAUACAGAGCUCUUCCAUAAGGCCCUUGCUGGGAGUGGCAGCCUAGGCUUCCUCCUGGAGGUCAGACCCGAGAACAGCACUAAGUCGCUCCCUGACCAGAGCCUCUCAUCUGCUGCAGGGGAGCAGGAGGCAGAGAAACACAAAGAGAGACACCUGAGAGUGUGUAGGUCUGUGGGUCAGGACGAGCACAGCUGGGCCCAGGAGAGACCCCUCUUGGUGACUUACAGUCAUGACGGGCGAGGAGAGCCCUUAGUCAAACAUGGUAGGAGGACCCCCGGUGGUGGCCAGAGGAUGAGAGGAAGAAAAGGGACAAAAGAGAGGUCCAGGAGCAGCAGCAAGGGCCGCAAUAGAGACCAAGUCUGGGGAAGGGCCAAAAAAACAGGGUAUACGGUGCCAGUGUGGGGGCGUGAUAAAGGAGGGGUCAGUUGGGGCGAAAGUGGAAGGGUGAAAAGAAAUGGUGGCCGAGCUGCAAAACUGAAACGCCUUUCCCGUAACAGAUGCCGCCGUCAUCCUCUGUAUGUAGAUUUUAACGAUGUGGGCUGGCACAAGUGGAUCAUAGCACCCAGCGGCUACGACGCCUUCUUCUGCCUGGGAGAGUGUCGCUUUCCUCUGGCUGACCACAUGAACUCUUCUAGCCAUGCCAUGGUGCAAACUCUAGUAAACUCUGUGAAUGGAGCAGUGCCCCGGGCCUGCUGCGUCCCCACCUCCCUCAGCCCCAUCGCCCUGCUCUACCUGGAUCCUCAAGACCGAGUAGUGCUGAAGAAUUACCAAGACAUGGUGGUUGAGGGCUGCGGCUGCCGGUAGUGGGCCGGAGAACUCACCCAGAGAAAGCCAGACAUGUACGGAGGAGCAUCGAGGGAAUAGGCAAAAGACAGAAACAUGAAAAGGCAGAUGGUGGGAAGAGGAGACUGUAGAGGCCAACUAACUGCAAACAGACAUGGAGAUUGAUAGAAACAAAUGUAGCAGCAUAAGAAGGAUGAGUGGAGAGGAGGGAGAACAUAAGGGAAUGCAUAUAGCAGCUAAACGAUCAUGAUCAGGAGCACGAAGGGUCAGACGAAAGAGAAAGAAAAAGAGUGAGAGAAACUGACACAAUCUGCCACACAACAGGAUAAAUGAUUAGACAAGAAGGAAGUGCAAGCAGAAAUAUGGCCAACACAAAACUGCCAGGAAUUACUUUUUCCCAUUUAGCAAUGAUGCAGCUGUGUACACCAUCAACUGACAGGCUACUUGUGCUCUCAUGAGAAGCUUCCACAUCAGAAGGUGUCUAUCUUAUAAUCCAGCGUUUGCCACUCAUCUCACUUUCACACGAUUGUCUGACAGGCACAUGUGUUUAGCUGUUUGCAAUAAGCAGUAGCGGACUCGACAUCGGUUUAUGGUCUGGAGCAGGACUUGAUGGACUCUGAUGGACUUCCUGAUGAUCAGCAGCAUUAAAAAAUACGACGAUGGCACUAGCAUGGCAUCUAAACCUUGUGUGACAGUGUUGUUUCUGCAGUAUUUGAACCAAGAAGUGGGGUGCGUCUGUUUUUAUGAACGUUAAUAUGAUGACAGACUGUCGCUUACAAGCACCCCUACAUGACAAGCUAUUUAAAACCACAACAAUAAUGCCGAGGAACUAUUAUGCUAUUGUUUGAAUGUACUACUAUCACUAUUAUUUAAAAAGAGACUUUUUUUGUACAUUCCUUUUGCAGACGUGAAGAAAAUCCAAGUGAUGGUUGUCUUGUGAUUAUACAUAAUUCCAGUGAAUGGCGAUUCUAACUUAAAAGACACAUUAUGUAUUUAAAUAGCAGCAAUAUGGUGUAUUUAAUCUUGAAAAUAUUUAAGAUACCUGCACUCAAUGGAGCAUACAGCAAACUGAAAGCCUGCCGUCCACAUGAAGUAAGUUAUGGUAGCCUUACAUCCGUACAAAUGUCCAGUGUAUUGAAUUAACUAGUCUGUGUUACUUAAACUUCCCACCUUAUCAUUGCACACAUUUUGGUGUACAACACAUGAUAGCAGACAUAAGUGGUGUUGCCUUUAAAAAAAAAAAAAAAGCUCAACUAACAAGUCAAUUGAAAGCUCUAUGUAUUGUAGCUACUGAAGUGUGUAACAACAGGUGUCUUUGCUAGUUGUGUCUGCAUGUGUCACGAAAAAAAAAAAGGAAGACUGAUAUUAAAACUGGGACUUUAGUGCCUUUUAAACAGGGGCUUUAAAAGUGUUCUCUGCUGAGCUUAGUAAUUGUUUUUCAGUGUUGCAUUUUUCUCUCUAAAUGGAAACAUUUAAGCAACAGCUUGUAAAAUGUUUGACAAUAUACCUCUAAUAAACAAAGCAAACAGCA